UCUCAUUGGGCGUGUAGCUAGAGGCUUGGCCACUCUCUUUCCUCUUCUCUUCUCUCCUUUCUUUCUUUCCUUCAGUCCUCUACAUGUUGUUACCUACCUUCUACUGCCCCACCCUGCAUUUUGGAGGAUUUGAGAAGAUAAUUUUGCAGAGGUCAUCUGGACCGUUUCUGAAAAGUGCAAAGUUAAGACAUCACCGUCCAAGAUAUCCUCUAAGGUUACUCGCGGGACAUCAAGUCAAAUUAAUGUGCCAUAAUGACUAAUAGCAACACACCUGGUACAACAAUCGGCGUCCUGGUGGCCCUGUUCAUAAUCCUGUUUGGUCUGCUGGUGUACCUGUAUCGACGUCUGAACCGUGACACCGAGAACCAGUACACUGUGCGCAACAUCGUGCUCAGUGAAGGAGGCCUUCGUGACCGCGUGAGGUCAGGAGUCGUGGCCAUGGAGGCCCGGCUGGGCAUCCACCUGUGGCCCAGACCUAGACCCAGCAGCGAGGAGGAGGAGGUCAUCGGGGACAGCCAGCCAGCGACGAACGAGGAUGUGGAAACUGGACAGAACGAGCGCAGUGGGGACGUUGCAGCGGAGGAUAAGAAUGAACACGCAGAUGAAGGAGACGACUCCGAGGACGACUACUCGAGCAUGGGCGGAACGGACCUUCGGGAACGGGCCAAACUGAUGAAGGAUGUCGACGAGGGGGACGACCAACAGGAGGGGGAGAGGAGAAGAGGAGGGGAAGGAAAGGAAGAGGAGGGGGAGAGGGAGGUUGGUGGUUUGCUUGUCAACCUCCAGGAGUUUUCAAGCAGCGCCAUUUGGUCCGAGGAGAAGAAGGACGAGAAUGAGGAUGUUGAUCUGACCGCUUUGUGAGAGGACAAGAGGAGGGGGUGGGGGGUUUCCAGGCCAGGAAUAUCAUGUACACAUUAUAGAUAAUUAUCAGUAGCUUUGAGACAGCAGUGAAAUUUCAUGGGUGGUUUUGAAAAGCAAACAUUUCAUUUUUUUUUUAUUUACAGACAUUUAUUAUGUCUUGUAGUUUCUGGAAACUUAUUGACAAAUUAUAAUUUGAAGGUCCACUCAAUGUCAAUAAUCAGUUCAGUGUCGGUUUGUGUGUACAUUAUACUGUAAGUUUGCUAUGAAACAAAAUGAACUGGAGAAAGUUUAGCCCAGCCUAUACUCGGGUUGGUCGGGAGGAUUAUGAAUGUUUGCCAUAACUGACAGGCAUACAUACUACUGUUCAAAUGUUUGGGGUCACAGGUUGUUUGAUGAAUGCCAGGUUUAACGGAUGCCUACAAUUAUUUCAAUUCAAAAUCAUUACACUUGCCCCUGAGAUUUCCUAUUGAUUUAGCCAUACUAUUCAAUCUCAUUAAACCCUUUUAUUUUAUUGAAAACAUGGACAUCUCCCAGUGACUCAAAACUUCUGAAUGCCUGCAAUAAUGUAAAUUGAUAACUAGUAUCUCCAUAAGCUAAACCUGACUGAGUUGUACAUAGAUUUCAAUGAUUUUGAACUUAAUGGGAAGGCCGGAGACACAACAAAACUGAAUACCUGUCUGUUUCUCUCAGUUAGGCCAUUUUGUCUUUGUCCUUCCCAAAGUUCAUUAAACCAAUGCUGUAGGCUACAGGCUUUGACCGUUUUAUUUUAUAUUUUAAUUCAGGGACGUUUUUAAAUGUCUUGUGUGUGUGUGUGUGGCCUACCUUUGUCAAUAAACAUCUCAAGAGGUC